AUGAACAAUGAGCUGUGCAUAUCAGCCGAGGCUAGUCGAAAUGAUGUGCUGACAAAGAUCCAGGAGAUCGUAACAAUUGGCAUUAGCUUUGUGGCUCUAAUCGGAACGUUUUAUACAUUUGGAACGAGGGAAAAACGCAAUCAAACGUUCCACUUCAAUUUUAAGGUAGCUUUAAGAGUUUCUGAUGAAUCGUUAAGUCUUCUGACCGCCACAAAGCUAAGCUCUUUUCAGCUGAUCCUUUGGAACGUCUGGCUCUCGGUGUUUCUUCAUGUUUUCUUUGCCUUUUUCGCCAAUCUCUACAAUAUCCUUCUACAGGCUUUCUCCGCGUACUGUGAUAACUUCUACACCAAAUGGGUCUGCGUUCUCCUUCGAUGGCCAAUCUCUUGGACCACCGUUUCAUUAACGUUUCUGCAUUUGGCCGCGUUUACGGAGCGGUAUAUGGCGACGAGAUCCCGAGGAAAUUAUGAGAAAAUGGGGAAGAGAAUUGGGAUUUGUUUGAUCGCGGCUACUGUAGGGCUUUCUUGAAUAAUAGAAAGCAGUUUUUAGUGGCUAAUAACGGUAGUUAUAAGUUACGCCGCCUAUGGAACGAGCAAUUACAACGAGUAUAUUCCGGUUUGCACUGUGACGUUGGACGAUAACAGGGAUCGUAUUAAGAUAUUACUAUAUGUGUUGAUGGCAGUGGACGGCGUCACAACAGUCGCUGAUGUGGUGUUGUAUGUCAUGAACAAACGAGAAAUCGCCAGAGGGUAUGGAACGUAAGAGAGCUUUGGUUUGCGGGCUUAUUGGGAAUUUUAACCUUGAAUUUUAUUUACGUAUAAUAGCUUCCUUGAGAAUGCCAUGACAAAACGCUUGUAAUUUUCUCAGGAAUUCAUAUUUAAUAUUAUGACGGCUUAAUUAUAUUUACGAAAAAAUUUUCCCACAAAAACGUUGUUCACGAUCCCUGAAGUGUUUUUUUUCCAUUCAGGUUACAAUGGAACAUUUUUGCAAGAUAUACAACGAGACCUUACAAUAGCGAACAAUUUCAGAGGCUCCCUGGGUUCUUGGGUCAGUCUAAGACAGAGAUUGCCACGGCUCCGAAGCCGGCUCUUGGCUCCGGCUCUGAGCGGCUCCGGCUCCGAGUCCCGAGCCCAAACUCGGAGCCAGGCUUCUCAGCGUUUAGAAAGUAAAAAUUUCGUGAUCUUGUUAAACCAAUUUGCUUGAAAAAUACUGGGAAGGAGGUGUUUGGUUUGUGUAAUUCUUCUUAAUGCUAUUGAGUAUUUUCAAGAUCGCACCAUUGUUUUCUAAUAAAGUCACGAAAGCUCAAUAGCAUACAUUUAGUCAAAAAAACCGAAACAGUUAGCGGACCUGAUCCAUUGGCAAAAAACGUACCAUUUUGGAUCCGUGAGGUAUCAAAAAUGCAACAAAAUACCUCCCUCUGCAAGCUAAAAAAACUCCAAAAGCGCGCCCGCUCUUUUUGUGAGGGAAACGGCGCGACUUUCAAAUCGGAGUUUUUUUUUAUUGUAGUGAGAGGCAUUUUGCCAUAUUUUCGAUACUUCCCGGAUGCAAAAUUAUACGUUUUUUGCCAAAGGAUCAGAUCCUGUAAAGAGCGAAAAUUUUGGCCGUGGCAAUCUCUGGUCUUAGGCCAAUGUGAACCUUCGUACAACGUGACCUUUCUAUACAUAUUAGAGACAUCCAUUGUAUGGGAUGUCGUUGUAAAAGUCUCCAUUGUAUUGCAGAUUGAUUUACAGCAACCAUUUCCAUUUUUGGAUAUACAUAAUGUAAUCUUUGACAGCUAAUUGUAAGCAGAGAACAACGAAGUUUGUAAAAUGUAGUUGUAGUUUUGAGCGCUACUUGUUAAAACGUCAGAGCUCAAAGCUCAGAACACAAACGAGGGUUUGGCUUCAAAAAUGCUUCGCUAUUAUUUGCAAUAAAUGUGUUCAACGAUUAACAGCAAAACUUUUUCAGAAAAUUCAAGGACUACUCAUUGUCCAAGUCCUUCCAACAGACCGAGAAUUACGUCACCAGCAGGUUGAUCAUCCCGGUCUCUUUGAUUUACUCCGCAUUUUACCUAUCGUAUUUGAUUAUUGCGAUCUCGGCACGAGGGCUCUUCGGAGACCCGAGUCAGAAGUCCUACUUUGUCACGGCUAUCGCCAUUGCUCAUUAUGUAAGUGGAGUUUUAGAUAACAACAAGAAGUGCUACCCGUUUACAAAUUCUGAUGAUUUUUCUCGGCGCUGAAUCCGAAGCGUCAGAUUUGCCAACACUCCAGACAAAGCUGUAGCGUUGGUCCAAAAAGGAGAAGGUUCCUAAAGAACAGGGCUGAAAUUCAACCCAGUUAGUACACUAACAAAACAAAAUCUUUUGGCACUUCUAUUUUUUUGAGAUUGGGCUCACUGUAGGCGUACUGUACUUUCACCGCAAAUUUUCUGUCACAAAAAGUACACAUGCCAGAGAGCCGGGGGUCGUUCGGAUGGAUUGGUAUCGUUAUUCUGAGCAAGUUACCUGUUGACAACGUUUUUCCAAAGUUUUGCCUAAGGCAAGAAAAAAUUGAUUCUUUGGAUUUUAAAAAAGAUUGUGCUGAGAGAAUUACCCAUAUUGAGGAAGAGUUUAUGAAAUAACGGGGUUCGUUGCGCAGUUGCCUGAUUUUUUACAGAGACCACGAAAAACGGUCUAAAGAGAUCUUGUGCAGAAAAAGAUAGGGUGCGAGCGACAGCCCAAAAAAAGCCUUUUUGCGGUGCAGAAAGCCAGAAAUUUCACAGUGCAAAGUGAAUUUUUGUUUUCUCACAGUGCAUGUCGCAAAAAUCACUCCAGCGACUUUACGAACUAAAAAAUGUCGCAUGAAAAUCAGAGAAACAUAAUUUUGAAACUGUGUGAAGUCCUGUAAAACUAUUAGGUUGUCCCAUAAAUAGUGUCCCUCUUCGAGAGGGGCAAAAUCAAACGUCUAUAAAAAACGUAAGCACCAGCCAAAUUUCGCAAUGUUACUACCAUUUUGUAGCUGUGCUCUCAGGCUUUCGUUUAAUGUAUCGGAUGCCAUAUUUGGAUGAAAUUACAGUAAUUUAGCGCCAAUUCAAAAUUGUGGAAAAAAAGCAGAUCCGUGCCAUCAACUUGUGUGAGCAAAAACAGGGUGCCAAGGUUUCAGAAGAUACACGAAGUAUCAACAUCAUGUUCAGCUAGUGCGCUAUGAGUCCGCUGACGGUGAAACGACGGUUUAAAAAAAUUCGACCGGGCCGCGGGAACCACUAAGACAAAAUGCGGUCUCCAAGCUUUGCGAAUUUACCCUGAGGUCAUUGGUGGACGAAAAUCAUGAAAUCAACAUCCGACGCCUUUCUGGGAUCGUGGUAGCAUCAUAACUAUCAACGGUUAACGGUUCGAUGCUGAUAGUUUCAAGAAAAAGCUCGACAAACUUUUCCCAUAUUAGUGGACCAAAGCCCAGAAUGAAAGCGCCGGGUUUUUUGCUUUUCCGAGCCGAACAUCCAGAUUUCCUGGAAGGUACCAUGGCCUGCGGUGGCAAGUGGAUCAACUGCGACACCUAGACAAGAUUUGGUCAAUGAAGAACGCCGGAGUACUACCACAGCACUUCCCAAAUUCUGAGUUCCACUGGAAGACGGUGACGACCACUUUUUGAUGGCGCAACGUUAGCUUCGCACAGUACAAAUUCCUAGAACCUGGGGAAACAGUAAAUAGCAUCCUCUACUGUACCUACAUAGACAAUUUAUGGCACAAUCUGCCUUCAGCAAUACACUGCUAAAGUCGGAAAGUUCUUGGCUGGAACGCGCAACCUCACCUUGGAAAAAUGACCUUCCGGGAUCCAAAUUAACAGAGAUACGAGGCUCUCCCCCAAUAGGCGUAUUCUUCAAACGUAGCCUAUACAGAUUACCACCUCUUCAAGGAUCUACCACGUUUCAUCCGUGGUAGGGAAUUCAUCAAUUAAGACACCCUUCAAAAGGCCUUUGAAAGUUUCAUCGGCUCCAGAGUCCGGAGUUUUGAAGCUACCGGCAUAAAAAAGCUUUUGGUACAUUCUACUAAGCGUGCUCAAAAAGAUGAUAAUCAUUUUGAAUAAAUAGAUCGCUGUUACUGCGGUAAAUUUUGUAGUUUAAGGAAAUAUUCCGAAGAGGGACACUAUUUAUGGGACAACCUAAUAUAAUAUACGUAUAAUCAAAAUGCCCCAACAACUCCUCUCUUGAACAGUAGAUAUCACUAUUACUGAUACUUCUUUUUUCAGCUCCUCGACACGUCGAUGGUCUUGUGCAUUUCCGUUUAUAUCCGAAUAUCCUACAAGAUGCAGAGAGACCGAAAUCGACUGGAUCUUGUUCAAAGCGACUCAAGAAAGACUGAGGCAUACUUCAGACAGCUUGGAGCUCUUUGGAACAACAUGCCUCCGGUCGGAUAA